UGUUCUGUUCUGUUCUGUUCUUCAGAACUCCACAAGAACAGCAGGUGUGAUGUACUUUGUAUUGAAUCCAUAACUUCACCUAGAACCAAGAAUCCUUUCACAGAAGAGCAUUACAGCAAAAUGGACAUUCUGGUCAGGCAUCUUAUUGUUAUACAUAUCUUGUUAUGGAGUCUCAAAGAUUUUGCCUAUGCCGACCCUCUCACCAUUAGUGGAGAGACCAUGGUGGAGCUCAAUAGUAAACUCAGUCUUGACUGUUCAUCGCUCUGUGACGCCGAGCCCCGCUGGGAAGUGAGCGACAACAGUAUGGCUAAAAUUGAAGAUAAGGGCCGCAGCAGAAUCCUGACAAUUGACUCUAUUAAACCUGAGGAUGAGAUGAAGUACACUUGUUCAGUCAAGUGUUCUGAUGGACACAAAAAGAAAUACGUCAAUGUCAUGGUUUACUCUAUACCUAGGCCAGUCCUCUACAGCACACCACAGAGUCCUUGGUCGGGCCAGUCUUUUAAUAUGACCUGUGAGCUGAAGGAGUUUUAUCCAAAAGAUGGCAUCUUCAAACUUCAUCUGUUUCGCAAUGAUACUCUCAUUAAGGACGAUAUGCGAAACACUAAUGAUAAUGACAAAAUGACAGUUACUGCCACAGAUCUACAGGAGACGACAAGUACAGCUCACAAAUGCAUAGCAAAACUGACACUGUCUAACGGGACUACCAAGAGUACCGAAGCCAAUCUGUUGGUACAACCUCGAGAGCCAAAGCCUACUGAAGGGAAUGUGCUUCCAGAAUCAAUCACGGCAAAGGGUCGGCAUCGGGAUUCAGCAGCUGCAGAGGUACUGAAUGGGACUGAAUGGCCUUCCAUAGAGGUCCAAACCUCAAGCACUUCUGGAGGCGUCCACAAGAGCACAGCCCUGUCUGUGUUGUCCACCCUGGGUGCUGUGGCCUCCUUCAUGGGCCUGGGCUCUGUGCUCCUCCUGAUUCAGCGCAGGAGAAAGAAGAGGCAGCAGGAGGGGAAGGAAGAGGAUGAAGAGGUGAUGGAGAAAGAGAAGGAGAAGGAACAGCCCCUAGAGACGAGCACCUAGCGAAGAGGCUCCACCCGGAGAACAUGGCCUCUCUGUGGCUCUGUGGCCUCACCACCCAACAGCAAUGUACAUCACAGAGCCAACAUGGUGGAACAGCCUCACCACCCAACAGCAAUGCACAUCACAGAGCCAACAUGGUGGCACAUCCUUUACUUUAUCACCUGUACUUCAUCUGCACUGUUUUGCUUCUUACUCUCCAAGUAAUAUAGUUCUAUUCAACUCUCUAAAGCCUGUCUGUCUGCAGAUUACAAUUAUAAUGUUAAUUGCAUUCUGAGAAACGUCAGCAAUGUUUCCAAUAAAUGUUAAGGGUGGUGUCAUGUAACAGACUCUUAUAUGCUCAUGUGUGCAAUGGCACUGUGUCACACAGUGCUGGACAAAAUGCAAGUAAUGCACACACUUCAUUAAUCAGUUAUCAUCAAUCAUUAAUCAGUUUAAUCCACAUAAUGCAUAUGAGGUAACAUUUGUUGAACAAUGUUUUUAUCUGAUUCCAUUGAACUGUGUUCUUCAAAUGGAAAUAAAGCAAUGCAUACUACAGCACAGCAAGUAAAA